AGCGAUCUCUUCAUUAUGGCAAGUAACGUCACCAAGCGCCAGCAGGCGCGUAACGAGCGCACAUUGGAAGAUCUUAUACGCACCACGCCCGGCAACGAUCGCUGUGCAGACUGCGGUGCCAAAAACCCAGGCUGGGCUAGCUGGAAUUUGGGAAUAUUCCUAUGCAUGCGCUGUGCAGGUCUCCACCGAAAGCUGGGAACUCAUAUUUCGAAAGUGAAAUCUCUGUCUUUGGAUAGUUGGACUACUGAACAGGUUGAUCACAUGAAAACCGUUGGCAAUCUGGCCAGCAAUACCAAGUACAACCCGAAGAGUACACGCCCGGAUAUUCCAACUGAUGUGGACGAGGUCGACGCGGCAUUAGAGAAGCACAUUCGACAGAAAUAUGAGCUUCGGACACUGGCGGGCGGCGUGAGGAGCGCACCUGCCACCCGGCAGAACACAGGAAGUACUGCAACGGGUGGUUCAUAUUCAGAGGACGCUGUCGGCACCUUACCACCUAAGCCAAAGCGCUUCGGUUUCAGCCUACGGAGUUCGAGCUCGACAAUGCCUCGACCGCGCAUGGACCGCGCAACGCCUCCCAUCUCCCCUUCGCGAUCCGGCAUCGAUGACGGAGAACCCGAGGAUCGACGCUCGACCACUCCGCACCUCCAUCCAGUCGCCAAAAGUAACAAGCCAAGUCAGAUGUUCGGCAUGAAGAUCAGUACCAUUGAUAACAAUUUCAAUUCGAAACUCGGCCAACUCCGCGAUAUGGGCUUCGACGAUCCUGUUAAGAACACGGACAUCCUCAAGAGCAUGAACGGAAACCUAGACAAAACGGUUGAGUCGCUCAUACGACUAGGCGAGGGCCACAGGAGUGGUGCCAAUCGGACUAUGACCUCGAGGAACAUCACUCCGGCUGUUGCAGCGGCUUCCCGUCUGACACCAGCAUCUGCAUUUGCGGCGGACGUGUCUCCGGCGACUCCAGUGCGACCCGCAUCAAAUCCAUGGGAAAUUCGGGAAACUGCUUCGCCUGCCUCGACCCAGCCCAUCUCGGCGACGACGUUCUCGCCGGCAGUGCCCGAGAUUCCUCGUGCACAAUCUGUUCCUCCUAGCAUGUCUUGGAAUCCUUUCUUGGCGAACCAGCAAUCAACACCUGUGGAGCAAAGCGCACCGGCGGCGCAGUAUUCUCUCGAGCAGAGCUUUGGACAGAUGUCAGUUUCUGCGGCUCCCGUGCAGCAAGAUUUCCAGCAGAUGGCUCCACAGCAACAAGUAUCGACAAACCCUUGGCAGCAGACUGGGGCACCAUAUCAGCCACAAUCAUUACAACAUGCUCCCCAACAACAAUACCAACAGCCGCAGCAGCAGACCCAGCAACAAUUGCCUAACCCAUGGACUACGAAUGUUGGAAACCCUUGGGCAUCAUCGCAACCACAGCUGCAACAGCAACAACAGCAGCAGCAGCAGCAGCCACUAUCACAGCAAAACACAUCGAGCAAUCCUUUCGGGACAGCUUGGCAGCAGCCGCAGCAGCCGCCGACAACUUCUGUCUACGCAUCUCCGACCUCAAUAUACGGUCCGCAGGCGGAUCUCUUUGCAACGCCUUCGCCGAGUCAGCAGCAGCAGCAGCAAUUACAGAUGCAACAAGCCACACAGCAGUCUCAAUACUACCAGCAGGAGCAGCAACAGCAGCAACAGCAGCAACAGCAGCAGCAACAACAACAACCACAAUUCGUCAACCAUUUCUCACAGCAGCAACCACAACAAGCGCAACCACAGUACCAACCUCAACAGCAAUUCCCCUCCCAACCGCAAUACCAAUACCAACCGACCCAACAACCCCGCCACGACAAGUCCUCAAUCCUCGCCCUCUACUCGCAACAACAGCAAGCCCCUCGCCCCUUCCUCCAAUCACUUCCCGAGGACUCCAUUGCAAACUCCGCAUCUGCCCAAUAUCAACCACAGCCACUCGCAUCUCAACAACGAAGCGCUAGCAUGCCCGUCUCCACGACUCGCCAUGUCAGCGCCGAGAGUCGGGAUUUCCAGAGCGGUGGAGGCUUCGCGGGAGCGGGCCGGCAUAGUCCUGAUGCGUUUUCGGGCUUGAGUGCGAGAUUUGGUGUUAGGUGAAGCGAGCAUCUUUGCAUUUGAUCUUUUCUGUUCCGUGUUGGCGUGGGAGGAGGGUGACUGUCCUUUGUCGGGGAGUAAUGAGGUGACGACCAGUCUUUAAUGCGGGUGGUGUUUCUCAACCAUCGGCGAGGGAAUUUUUUUCUGGUCGUUGUUGCAACGGGUAUGGGGGCAUUUCGGACCGCAAGAAUAUGUGCAAAUGUCACUGGUUUCAAAUCAAUUCUCUUUUUGUCGGCCCGAAUUCUUCGCUUCAUUCUUCGGUUACCCACUUUCCCCUCUUAGUCGAAUAUAUUGCUAUAUUUACUUCCAAC